AUGACUGGCGACGCCCUCGGUUGGUAUCAGUGGAUGCACAAUAACCAUUUGAUUUCAACAUGGAAGGAGUUUACCCGUGCUAUGGAACUUCGCUUCGGCCCCUUUGCAUAUGAAAACCAUCAACAGGCCCUUUUCAAACUACAGCAAACAGCAACCGUUCUUGAGUACCAACAUGAUUUUGAGCGUCUUUGCAACCGUGUGACUGGCUUGCCGCAUCACUCCAUCCUCGAUUGUUUCAUUUUUGGUUUACGUCCAGAAAUCCAAAAUGAACUUGCCAUACUACAACCUGUCACAAUUUCACAAGCAAUUGGCUUGGCCAAAUUGGUUGAAUCCAAAUUGUUAGCAUCCAAACCUAGUUUCACCUACAGCCCUCGCCCCACUCAACCUAAAUCCAUACUGCCUCUAUUGCCCAAUCCACCACCACAACCUCGCCUAAUCCAACACCCUUCACAGCCUCUCCUAGCCUUACCAGCACCACCCUCCCCCAAACCCACUACCCCACAAAUUCGUUUGUUAUCCAAAACUGAAAUGGAUGACCAUCGAGCCAAAGGAUUAUGUUUUAAUUGUGAUGAACGAUACCAUAGGGGCCACCGUUGCAAAAACAAAGGGAUGCUACUACUACUUUCCCCAUCUGACCCUCCCGAUCCUCAUUCUGAUCACAUCUCAGAUGAUGUACCUCCUCUAACCAAUUCAGAAACAACCCCUCCCACCCCCUCUGCAUUCCUUCUCCAUUCUGAAACCCCACCUACUUACACCAACCCCGAACAAUUUCACCUGUCACUGCAAGCCGUUUCUGGCCAGCCCUCACCUAGAACACUACGCUUUUAUGCGCGUAUAAAUGGUCAUUAUGUCUCAGUCUUGGUGGACACCGGAAGUUCACACAACAUUAUUCAGCCAAGAGUUGCAACCUUAUUGCGUUUACCCACUCAAAAUCUGCCAUCUUUUGCUGUUAUGGUGGGUAAUGGUGCUCAUUUAAAAUGUGAUGGUUUGUGUACAGAUGUUCCUUUGACAGUAGUUGAACAUUGCUUUGUGGUGUCCCUCUAUGUUUUACCUAUUCAAGGGGUUGACAUUGUUCUGGGUGUCCAGUGGUUACAAACUUUGGGACCAUUUGUUUUUGAUUAUAUUAUACCAUCAAUGCAAUUUUACCAUAAUGGAGUCCUAGUAACACUUCAUGGUACAACUUCCCCUUCUCUAUCCCUGGCCACCUUACCCCAACUAAAUCGCAUGAUACACACUGAGUCUGUUGCUACCAUUCACACCAUUACCAUGCUACUUGCUGACUCCUUACCCCCACCUUCCACACCACAAACACACUCCUUAUCUAGAGACGAACAACCCACCCUUGACUCAUUCCACCCUGACAUUACCCAACUACUACAUCGUUACUCACCCAUUUUUUCUAUUCCCCAUGGUCUACCCCCAAACCGACCCCAUGACCACCAUAUCCACCUAAAGCCCCACUCCAACCCCAUCAACAUUAAACCAUAUCGUUACCCUCAUUUUCAGAAGGAAGCCAUGACUUCCAUGAUAGCUGAUAUGCUACAACAGGGGAUCAUUCGACCAAGUACCAGCCCCUAUUCCUCCCCGAUUUUGUUGGUUAAAAAGAAAGAUGGGUCAUGGCGCUUUUGUGUUGACUAUAGAGCACUAAAUGCAAUCACUAUUCGGGAUCGUUUUCCUAUCCCAACAAUUGAUGAACUGUUGGAUGAAUUACAGGGUGCCCAAUUUUUCUCUAAAAUUGAUUUGCGGUCCGGUUAUCAUCAAAUUCGGUUGGCUCAAGAGGACAUCCCAAAAACUGGUUUUCGAACCUUUGAUGGCCAUUAUGAGUUUUUAGUUAUGCCCUUUGGGCUUACUAUUGCGCCAUCAACCUUUCAGGCAGCCAUGAAUGAUUUACUUAGGCCUUUCCUUUGCAAAUUCGUAUUGGUUUUCUUUGAUGAUAUCCUAAUUUAUAGUCCUACUUGGUCUGCCCAUCUAACUCACUUACAGCAAGUUUUGCAGCUACUACUUGAUAACCAUUUUUAUGCUAAACUUUCUAAGUGUAAUUUUGGUGUUUGUUCAGUGGAUUAUCUAGGUCACAUUAUUUCAGGGAAUGGAGUACAAGCUGACCUUACAAAGGUGCAGGACAUCUUGGCAUGGCCAACUCCAAAGUCCCUCACGGCUCUCCGAGCCUUCCUCGGUCUCACUGGUUUUUAUCGACGCUUUGUGCAGCAUUAUGCAACUAUUGCAGGCCCCUUACAGAUUUACUUAAAGCUCCAACAUUAA